GCUAAGGGGGCGGGAGGAGGGUUCUCAAGCGCACGCCACGUGACUCUAUUGCCAAGUUCGUUCGCGAGUUUGACAGAAGUUUGAAUUGGACUCGGGGGUUUUCUGCAGCCAGCGGGGCAGAGCGGCGGCCGAGGCCUCGGCGAGCGCGAGCAGCAGCGCCCCCGCGACCCACCCAGGCAGCCUGGAUCCCGGGCCGCGGACGGCCGCUCGCGCUUCGGUACAGCUCGCUUCCCCCGCCGCGGGUCACCAGCCCCGAGCCCCACCGCGGUCCCCGCGGACCGCGCGCCGCGCCCCGGCCCCGCCGCGCCAGCAUGUCCUCGACGGAGAGCUCCAGUCGCACGGCGGACAAGUCGCCGCGCCAGCAGGUGGACCGCCUGCUCGUGAGGCUGCGCUGGAGGCGGCUGGAGGAGCCUCUGGGCUUCAUCAAAGUUCUCCAGUGGCUCUUUGCUAUUUUCGCCUUCGGGUCCUGCGGCUCCUACAGUGGGGAAACAGGAGCAACGGUUCGCUGCAACAACGAAGCCAAGGACGUGAGCGCCAUCAUUGUUUCGUUCGGCUAUCCCUUCAGCUCUUUGGCUUUAUCAACUUCUUCCUGUGGGCCGGGAACUGUUGGUUUGUGUUCAAGGAGACCCCGUGGCAUGGGCAGGGCCAGGACCAGGGCCAGGACCAGGGCCAGGGCGCCGGCCAGGAGAGCGCAGCUGAGCAAGGAGCGGUGGAGAAGCAGUAAGCGGCCCCCACCCGGCUACUCCCGAACAGGACAGCGCCUCUUCAACCGCCUCUGGCUUCCAGGACCUCCCUCUUCUUCCUCCCCCAACUCCCCUCCCCCAUUAUUCUGGGCUCUGAGCUUUGAGACGUCUUCACUGGAUGGGCAGGCAUCAGCUGUUGGAAACCUGGGCAGCCCUCCCAGUGGCUUCCUAUCCCUCCUCUUGCUGGAGCCCCGGAUGGCAGGAGCUCAGUGCUUCUUAUCUACUGUCUGGACCCAGGCAUCUUACUUGGGGUCUUACAUGUACCCUCACAGCCUUUGAGAACCAGCCUCUGCUACAGGCAAAGGUUGGGAUCAGGAGACCUGAGACUGGUUCCUAGCUGCCACUUCUAUCAGUCUGUCCAGCUUCAAUAAAAGUGGGGGGAGGGGAAAUUGGCUGGCAGCCUUCUUCCUGCCCCCUUGCAUGGAGGGGCCACCAGUGGUUUAGUGACCCCUCUUCAAUGGCUGUCAUCAAGGCCCCGUGUCUGCGCUGACCUCCAAUCAGCCUGAGCUCAGUAUGCUCCCCACCCUCUCCUCUGGCCUGUUUGCCCACAGACCCCAUCAUGUGGGAACACAGGAGGCUGACUAGCCUAGAAAACAGCCUUUCAGAGGGUCCCAAGUAGGCUGAGACUUGGUGAGGAGCAGAUAAAUUGCAACUGAGUUGCAACUUCAAGAAACAGAAGCCAGGAAACUUGCUGGGGAAUCAGUUUUUUUUUAUUCCCUUAGUCCUCCCACCCCUCCAGGCUGGGGCACUUCCACCAACACUCUAAACUCAUACUUGCCCUAGAAACUCCUUACCUUCCUCCCUGUCCUCCUUCUUGGGCUUGGUCUCACACUUGGGACACAAGAUGAGGGGUCUAGGAGCAUCUCCAUUUCAGCCUCCCCGCCUCCCACCUCUCUGUCCCUCUCCCUUCCGCAGCCUCUUGGGUCUGAGGCAUUCAAGAUCCUUUUCAAAGUCUGUCCAGGCCUUCCUUUCAUUCCUGUGGGGCCAGACAGGGGCUUUGAAAGGGUAAGAAAGGACCAUCAUGAGUCUAAGUUGCCCCAGAGCCCCAGGACAUGGAUGGAUGGGCCCAUUUCUUCCUCACUCUCUACUUGUUUUUUUCCCGCCCUGCUCCUUCUCUGGCCCGUUUUGUACUUCCCCUUCUCACCUUUACGAAAGAACAUGCCCUCUCCCUUUGCCCGCCAUUCCUCCCCUGCUUCCCCAUUUGCUCCAAGCUCUAUCCCCCCUACACGCCCACCCCAGUCCAGGGCAGGCUGAUGCUCUUGGUGCUUCUUCACUUCGGGACCCAGUUCCAUAUUUGUCUUUGGUGUGUCUCCCCUUCCUGACACCUCUUCAGUCCCUCUGGGGACCCCAGGGCCCAAGAGUCAGUGCUGACUGGAUAAGGGCCAUCUGUCUCCCAUCCAGCUCAAAACAUUUCAGUCUGCCCUGGCCAUAGGGCUGCCCAGGGAAGAAGGAAGAAGGCAGAAUCCAGCCGUUUUCCAAUCCAGUGCCAAUUAGCCCAGUUGUCAUCCCAAAGGUAAAUGUGCCCUGUGCCAGUCUCUCCUCAGGACUGAGUCAACCCCUCCAACCUCCUCACCUUCCUCAGCACCCUCCAUUGUAACGUGUGCAUUACUGGGGUACCCAGGCGGCAGGACCUUUGACUUUGGGCCAAUCAUUUCUUCUUUGGGUCAGUUUCCCCACUUGACAGGGGAGUGUGAGGUUUACAUCUUCAAAUGCUCCAGAGUCCUUCAGUGAAAAAUUAGGUGUUUUGUUUUUUAGAUUUGGGGGAAGGCAUUUGAGGAGGGAAGAUAGGAGAUGGGGAUAAGGGUGUUUCUAAGUCUGAACCUCUCUGUCCUGAGCUGUCCCCAUGAUUACUCAAGGACAAGGGGAGACAGUUUUGCCCACAGCUCCAGAGAUACAGAGAACAAAGGGAUGACCUUCAGUUUUCUUCAAGCUGGCCCCUGUGAGUGUCUGUGAGUAGCUUCUACUGGAACUUUGUUUGGAUUCUGUGUACGUAUUUAUAAUUUAUCUGAAAUGUGAUGGAUAAAGUGUUCUCAUUUGGGGGCCUAAGUUACUAAUUGGCCCUUCAGCUAGGGAAAGGGGGUGGGUGGGUAUGCACUCCUGCCAAGGACUCCUAGCCCAGAACUCUCCCUAGAGCAGAGAAGGCUCUUUCUCUUCUUCAGGAGGCUGGCUUGUUCUCAGCCUGAAGAACCUUGAUUUAGGCUAUGGCCUCUCUCUCCAUAGCCACCCUAAGAGGAAAGGCUACUUCACCUCAUUACCUUCAGAGGGCUGGGCUGGGUCUAAUGCUGAGUGCGCGGCUGUCCUCAUAGGACUCGUGUCCCCUCCAACUAGGGCUGGCAUCACCACUUUGCCUAGUGGGGCCUGAGGUAGAAGGUGCUGGUUUCUCCAGUUGCCACAGGAGGCCAACAGGCAGGGCACUUGCCCUUUGCCCUAGUAAACUCUGACCCUGCCAGGGUGCCCACCUAGGACCUUUCCUGAACAUGAGUUCCCUCCACUAUCAUGGUCAUAGGUGUCCUUCUUCUGGGAUUGAAGAUCAGGGGUGGGGGGAGAAUGUUGCAUGUUGUUUUCUGGUGCUUGUUAUUAUACAUUUGAAUAAACAGUGCUUCAAGCAUUUGCCAUGAAGGCGCCAAGAA